AUGGCGGAGCAACAGGAGAAUGCGCAGUCCAUCAGUGCCGAUGAGAUCGCGCUUUAUGACCGACAGAUCCGGCUCUGGGGAGUCCAGGCGCAAGAAAAGAUCCGAUCAGCGAGCAUCCUCCUUAUCACCGUGAAAGCUCUCGCAAAUGAAGUCGCCAAGAACCUCGUCUUGGCAGGCAUCGGUUCUCUCACAAUCAUCGAUCACCAGUGCAUCACGGAGGACGACCUAGGAGCACAGUUCUUCAUCGCCGAGGCGCAAACCGAGCAGGAUGUGAUCGGAAAGAACCGCGCCGAAGCCGCAGGACCCCAAAUCCGCAAAAUGAACCCUCGUGUCAAGCUAUCCAUCGACACCUCCGACGUGAAAACCAAACAACCAGACUUCUUCGCCCAGUUCGACAUAAUAAUCGCCACAGAGCUAGACUUCCUUGCCAAUACCACCGUCAACGCCGCCUGCCGCCUAGCAAACAAACCCUUCUACGCCACCGGGCUCCACGGCUUCUACGGCUACGCAUUUGCCGAUCUAAUCAGCCACGACUUCGUAAUCGAGCGCAACAAAUCCAACAUGAACGCGGUAAUGCAAGAAACCCAAACCCGCAGCAUUGUCCAAAUCAACACCAAAAAAGAAAACGACAAAAUCAUCGAACUAGUCACAAAACGCGAAGUCUACUCUCCGCUCAUCCUCGCAAACACCUCCCCCCUCCCAGAAGAAUACACCCGGCUUCCGCGCCGCCGCAGACAAGUCACUCCGCUGCUGAGCUGUCUGCGCGCGCUCUGGGAAUUUGAAAAAAUCCGCGGCCACCGCCCAACCUUCACCCACGAAGACCUCGAGCUCUUCACCAAGCUCUCCCGCGACAGACACCAGGAACUGAAGCUCGACCCGCUGACUCUCGACUCCGUGUUCUUACGGACAUUCCUGCAGAACCUCGGUAAUGAGUUGAGUCCUGUUGCGGCGUUCUUGGGUGGGGCGGUUGCGCAGGAUGUUAUUAAUGUUCUAUCGGCGAGGGAGCAGCCGCUGCAGAACAUGCUGCUGUUUGAUGGUGAGAAGAUGCUGGGACCAAUUUAUUCGCUUCAUCCUUUCUUCCCCGAGGAUCUGGCUGCUGGCGCGGAAAUGGCUGCUGUGCCGCCGGUUAGGAAUCCUGUUACGGUUCCCGUUGCUGGGGCUGUCAAUGGGGGUGCUGUCAACGGGGGUGCUGUCAACGGGGGUGCUGUGCAAUUGAAUUAA